UGCCACCUGAGCUAGUAAGCAAACAAAGAGGUAGGCCAAGUGUUGUAUAAGAGAGUUAAACAGUGAGGCUGGCCGUGGACACGACAUGUCCUGUUCGCCAUGCCAAGUAUUCAGCCAAAAGCCACGUUUCAGGUUAUGUCUCAUAACUCCUUCCUUCCUUCUUUGUCAUAUAAAUACCGCCACCCUUUUCACAUAUGGCUUAUCACACGCACCAAAAGCAAAAACAGAAGAAAAAGAAAAAGAAAAGAGAGAGAGAGAGAGAGAGAGAGAGAGAGAGAGAGAGAGAGCUCGGAAUCCCUACCUCUUCAAAUCCCAGAGUUGUGUGUCACUGUCAAUCAACCACAAUGUUGAAGUCAGAGAUGACCAGCGUUAAGGUUGGGGAAAGAAAGCAAGUGAAGAGGCCUGCACAGGCCAGUUCAAGAAAGGGGUGCAUGAGAGGGAAAGGAGGCCCUGAGAAUGCCAUGUGCACUUACAAAGGUGUGAGGCAGAGGACUUGGGGGAAAUGGGUGGCUGAAAUCCGUGAGCCCAACCGAGGUGCUCGUCUCUGGCUUGGCACUUUUGACACCUCCCAUGAAGCUGCUUUGGCUUAUGAUGCUGCUGCUCGCAAACUCUACGGUUCCGAGGCUAAGCUCAAUUUGCCUGAUCAAUUAGUCCCUCAAUAUCACCAUCACCAUCACCAUCAAGUCCCUUCUUCUGCCAACCCCCACAUGCUUCCACAGACGCCAAACCCAUCAGCCCAACUAGCCCUUCUGCAUCAGAAUCCAUCAGGUACUUCCAGUGCCUGUUUAUCAAACGAUUAUGCUGCUCCUCUCAACGAUGUUGAAGUUCCAGUACUUCGUGGUCAUUAUCCGAAUGUGAAAGCUCAUCAGCCCCAUGGUACUUACCCUGAGCCUAAGCCAGAGGCAGAGCACAGCAAGAUGAAAGCGGAGGAGAAUAUGAGUGGCAAUGAAGGAAUGGAUUCUGGAAUUUUCUGGGGCAACCUAAGUGGAAACUUUCCAAUGUUCGAUGACUCGAUAUGGGCGGAGGCAGCCAUGUCCCUUGAUUUUCCGGUGAUAGAAGAUCUUGGCAUUUUUUCCAGCAACUUCGUCGAUGGAAGUGGUUGGGAACCAUUGCAGCCAUCUCCAUGGUGCGUGUAAAUGUGAAGCUACAGAGCUAAAGAUCGUGUCCUAGGAAACGAAGUUGCACAAAUUAGAACCUCAGUACUUUUAUGUCCAUCCACACUAUAUAUAUAUAUACGUACGUAAACUGUAAGAGGUAGGGGUGUGUAUAUAUAAAUAUAUAUAGCACAAAUAUAAAUAUUGGGGGCGAGAGAGAGUGGUGUAUCUAAGGGGCAGCGGCGCCGCAUGGGUUUUUCUGCGCUUGUCGUGGUCAUUGUAGUGUGCUGUAUAUAUCAUAAAUCAAUAUGGUUUUUAUCU